CUCGACUCCCCUGCUGAGAGAUGGGCACCAAAAAGGCAGCGAUCGCUGCUACACUGGCAAACUUGUCCAAAGCGGACUUCGAGUCGUUUUGUUUUCAUCUAAUAGACUCCCGCCGGGUUCCGCGCAUCAAGGUUGAAAAUAAGAGCUACUUGGAGGUUACCAAUGUAAUUGUGUCUUGCUUCACCGAGAACGAAGCUCCUGCCUUCACCUCCAACAUUCUGAGGAACAUGGGUUGCAGCGAUGAGGCCAAUGAUCUCGAUUCUCGGAUUGCCGCAAUAUCCGCGAAUGCGCCUACUGGAGCAAUGGGAGCGGCACCGGGCCAAGCUGCAGUUGCCUCAACAAGCUCUGCAUGUCCAACAGGGAAGCACUUUGUGGACGAGCACAAACUGCAGCUGAUUGAGCGCGUGACCAACAUCAACCCCAUUCUCCUCGGGCUGCAAGACGAGAAUGUCAUCCAGGGUGAGGUGUAUGAAGACAUCAGCUACCACACGCCAGGCAACCAGAACAAGAUGAGGAAGAUCUACGAUCUGGCUCUCAAGUCGGGCACCGAUGCUAAAGACGUCUUCUUUAAACUCCUCCAGAAGCACGAGCCGUACCUUGUGAAAGACCUCCAGAAGAAAUGAAAGGCUGGACGGCAUCCUCGUAAUUCCCCUUUUCGGCUAAUUUACCUCGUGCCACCCCUAAAAUUUGGCCAUCUGAUUGAACGUCUAUUGCUGUCAAUGAGGUUUUUUUUUUUUUUUUU